AUGAACAGUCUCACAUUUAAAUGCUGGUCAAUUUCCCACUCAUGUGAUUCAAUGUAUCUUCCUUUUAUUAAUGCUGCCUAGAUUUGGAAUGGAGGUGGGCUUUGCAGAAAGAAAAAGUACAGUAACAAAAUAAUAUUACUGAUGAAUUCUGAUUUAAUUAUACAAUAUUUAUAACUUGAUUAAUAAUAAUUGAUAACCACCUCAACUGCCUUUAAGAUCAAAAAUAAUUUUUAUCCAAUCAUUUUAACUGUGAAAUUGAAAUAAAUCAGUAUCAUUAAAUUCAUAUAGUAGGAAAACUCCAUUUUUAAUUUAUGUCAUCCCUAAUAAAGCUAUACAUCUUUCUAAUUGAUGAUUUGGGAUGUUUUAAAUAUGUUAUUUAUAAUGAUUUUUUAGCCUUCAAGGUUACUCUAUUAUAUCUGUCAAUUAUUAUAUUCCUUAAUUGAUAAAAUCAUUUAAUAUAUGGCCUACUUACCUGUAUGUAAUAAUCUUUUAUAUAUAAUUUCCUAAAUUCUGCUUUUUUAUCAAUUAAGUAAAUGCAGUAUCUCUAAGAUUUCUACAAAGGUCCCUGACCCACUUCCUAUUCAUUGCAUUUUUUAUUGUAAUUCAUCUGCAAAUUUAUACAAUCCAGAUAAUAAUUCAGUACUGGAUGAUCAGCAAAUAUGGAUUUCUACUAUUUUAUUUGGAUAGAGAAGUGAGGUUAAAGGCAAAACUUUCCCAUACUUAUUGAUUUGCAUGAAAUACCUUCAGAUCUUUUAUAAUUUCAUUUGUCCAAUCUAAUGA